GGUCGGAGCUCCUGCAGCAUUUCUCUGCCUCCAAUUGCAAGACGCCAUUAACAUUUUGUAACAUACAGUCAAAGAAUGCUUCGGACACUGAGAUAUUUUCGAGGAUGCAAUCCGAGGUUACGGUUACUGCGGCAACUCUAUACGAUGCAUGGCCAUCGUUGCUAUCCCAACAGUAAACAGGGUAGAGAUGACGAAGGUCACGGGGCAAGGAAACACUAUAGAGAUGACAAAGGGAAUAUAUUUUUCUACAAGAGCAGAGGCCAACACAUUCUCACCAAUCCUCGAAUUCUUGACACCAUUGUUCGAAAAUCUGCAAUAAAGCCCACUGACACAGUGCUCGAGAUCGGACCUGGAACAGGCAAUCUCACUCUGAAGCUUCUAGAGGCCGCCCAGAAAGUUGUGGCCAUCGAAAUCGACGAGCGCAUGGUGGAGGUUCUCGACCAGCGAGUGGCCGAGCGCGGCUUCAGUGACAGGCUCUUGGUCAUACGCAAGGAUGCAUUGAGAACCGAAUUUCCGCAAUUUGAUCUUGUGGUAGCGAACAUUCCCUAUGGAAUAUCUUCACCUCUAGUGAUUAAAUUAGUGUAUGGGAAUACCCGCUUUCGGAGCGCCACUCUUCUGCUUCAGAAAGAGUUCGCUCGAAGAUUAUUGGCUAAUCCCGGUGACUCUGAAUUUAACCGCUUGGCCGUCAAUGUUAAAUUGGUGGCUGACGUGGAGUUCAUAAUGGAUGUCAGCAAGAGGGACUUCCUUCCGUGCCCAAAAGUUGACUCCUCUGUGGUUAUAAUCCGUCCAAAAGCUGAAGUUCUUGAUGUGGAUAUCAGUGAGUGGAGGGCUUUCACAAGAACUUGUUUCAAUAAAAAGAACAAGACACUGGGGGCGACAUUUAAGCAGAAAAGGAAAAUAAUGGAGUUAUUGAGACUGUCGAACAUUACAGGCCUCAGCAAUGAAAAAUUUGCCCAUUCCAUUGAAGGUGAUUGCAGCAGUGAAACUGGAGACGAAGCAGAGUGUCAUUAUUCCCAUUCCUCAGAGGGAACGAGUUUGUUGAAGGAGAGGAUUGCCGGAGUACUUCAAACGGGAGGCUUCGAAGACAAGAGGCCUUCGAAAUUGUCUCUUGAGGAAUUCGUUCAUUUGCUUUCGUUGUUUAAUCGAGCAGGCAUAUUUUUCCAUGACCGCGAAAAUCUGAGGAAUGAGGAUAGUUUGGCUGCGGAUGUUGACUAGUGUCUACUGCAUUCUCCACGCGAUAUGCGUAGCAGGAUUCAAAAUCUUGAUGAGCGUCAUCACCUAUGUUUCCGAACAAGAACAAUAUUGCGGGCAGAACAAUCAAGAAUGCAAGUCUGUCAAAAAAGGUUAUGUGGUUGCACGUUCAUUAGUAUUAGAAGACGCGAUAAAUUAAAAGACGCACGUGGGGUAUUGGGUUCUCCUUGGUGUUUCUCUGCUGGCUGAAAUCCGAAGCUUCAUAUCUAAAACCGGAUGAAUACAUUUUGUUCUUCAAGUUCGGUCUUUUGAGAUGCAAGGUUGAAAUUUGCAGUUUUCCACAUAUAAUACAGGUUUCGUUUCCGCCGAAAAAUGUUAGAAGCCAUGCCAGAAAGUGGCAGUGAAAUGAAAUUAUUUUUCUUUGAUUUCCCUUGAUACCUGACAUGUAUGAUAUAACUAGAGCUAGUUUAUGUUAAUUGUCGCACCUUUUUUGGCAUGCCAAUGAGCAAUUUCAACAUUAUAUGUAUCCACAUCCUCUCCACAUGAACCAUAUCGUACAUAUGCAGUCAAUAAGCAUUCAGAG